UCAUCAUCAUCAUCCUCGACUAUUAAUUCAUCAUCAGCAUCUCAUAAAAAUCAUUACCAUCGUUAUAAUUAUAAUCCAUUGGCUUCAUCCGCUUGUAAUAUUGCCGCUAAUAACACAGCCACAGCAACCACCACCACCACCACCAAGAAUCGAUCAUCAUCAUAUUAUGAAGAUGAUGAAUUACGUCGAAUGUAUAUACGACCACCACCUAAUAGACAUGCUUAUGAAGCAAUUUUUGCAGAUAAUAAUAAUCAAUCAAAUAAUAAAAUUGAUUAUCGAUCAUCAUCAUCAUCAUCUAGAAUGGCCAAAAAUGAUAGAUUCUCAUCAUCAAAUCAUAAUUCACCAUUUAGUUCCUCACCAUUUCAAUCAUCAACAACUUCCAACAGCAGCAGCAGCAACAAUAGCAAAAAUAGCCAACAGACAAGCUCAAAAUUUUCAAUGUUUGGUAAUUCUACAUCAUCCUUAUUAUCUAAUAAUUUAUCAUCAACCACAUCAACGACAACAUUAUUAUCAUCACCAACAUCGCCAACAUCACCAUCAUCAUCAUCUAUUAUUAAAUGGAAAUGA